GGUCUUGCACUCUGAUGAUUCAUGAUUGUCUUGUAGUGUUUUUGUCCUUUAAUGAAUAUUCUUGUUCCCUUUUGCACUUCGGGCGGUUCUGAGAAUUUUUUAUAAACUUGAAAACUGAAUUGACAAUAACAUUUGAAAAUCGAGGCAGAAUGAGGCGACAAGUGGUGGUGGUGCCGGUGGUUUUGUGGAGUAUGUGGUUUUGUGGAGUUGGGUUUUGUUUAAGCCGGCGUCAGGAUGCGGCCUGGCCUUCUUCCUCACCUGCUCAAUCUCUCAUGGUCCCACUCACUCUCAUUCAUGGGGCUGAUUCUAAAGGAGCCGUUUGUUUGGAUGGAACAUUGCCUGGUUACCACUUGGAUCCCGGGUCUGGAUCGGGCACAAACAGCUGGCUCAUUCAGUUGGAGGGAGGGGGUUGGUGUAAUGACAUAAAAAGCUGUAUCUUUCGGAAAACCACUCGUCAUGGAUCAUCAACAUAUAUGGAAAAGCUACUAAAUUUCACUGGAAUAUUGAGCAACAAACCAGAAGAAAAUCCUGAUUUCUUCAACUGGAACAGAGUUGAACUACGCUACUGCGAUGGGGCAUCUUUUGCUGGGAAUGGCGAGGAUAAGGCUGCACAACUUCAUUUUCGAGGACAGCGCAUCUGGUUAGUUGCCAUGGAAGCUUUAAUGGCCAUGGGAAUGCGAAAUGCUCAGCAGGCGCUGCUUUCUGGUUGCUCUGCUGGAGGUCUAGCAUCCAUACUACACUGUGAUGAAUUCCGGGACUUAUUUCCACAAUCUACCAAAGUAAAAUGUUUAAGCGAUGCUGGAAUGUUCCUUGAUGCAAUCGAUGUCUCUGGUGGACACACCCUAAGAAACAUUUAUGGAGGUGUGGUUACCUUGCAGGGAGUGCAGAAGAAUCUGCCAAGCACUUGUACCAACCACCUAGAUCCAACUUCAUGCUUCUUCCCUCAGAAUCUGGUUGCAGAUGUUACGACACCCCUGUUUCUUCUUAAUUCAGCCUAUGAUCUAUGGCAGGUAAGAAAUAGUUUAGCUCCAAAAUCAGCUGAUCCUCUUGGAUAUUGGGAAAAAUGCAGAGAAAAUCAUACACAAUGCAAUUCAUCGCAGAUGCAGUUUCUACAAGAUUUUAGGAAUCAAAUGCUGGAUGCUAUAAAAGUUUUCUCAACAUCCAAUCAAAAUGGUGAGUUCAUAAAUUCGUGUUUUGCGCAUUGCCAUUCUGAGAUGCAAGAAACUUGGUUUGCUGGUGAUUCUCCUCGCAUUGGUACAAAGAGGGUCGCGGAAGCUGUUGGAGAUUGGUAUUUUGAGCGAGAAGAAGUUAAAGACAUUGACGGUCCUUACCCGAGUGACGGAACAUGCCACAAUCUAGAUUUCAAUGAUAAUACAUCGAGCUCGAACACGAGCAUCAUUGUACCAGUAUCCAGGUCCUCGACGACAAGUCUAAGUCUCUUCAGCAUACUCAUUUUCUUCUCGACGUCUUUGAUACUCUGAAUGUGCCAUCCAGUCUUGAUGCGGUCAUUGACAUGCAUUAUUCUUUGGAGAGAUGUAUCUAUUUCAAUUCAAAGUCCUUGUUAGUCAAGGAAGGAAGAUAAGAUAUUCAACACUGAAAUCAUAAAUUUCAAAAAUUCUUUAGCUGCCAUUA